AUGUCAAUGUACAGAUUCGUCAAAGAAGGCAGUAGUAAGCGUCUCUUUGUCCAAGGAACUCUCGAGGGCGAAGAAUCGAAACCAAGAAAAUCUAGUUUGAAGAAAUCCUCUCAGUCGCCAGUCGGUUCUCCGAUCACUACCAGUUUGAAUCUUGCUUCGGUCCCGAGAAGCUUACGGGAAGGUUUGACCAGGCACGAGACAGUGUACGAUGGUAAUUACCCAGGCAUGGAGAGGACUUCUAGCUAUCGUUCUGGAUCUUACCGCGAAGAGAGUUACAACGGCCGCGUAGUGCACGACGGUAACCAGACCCACUUCGAAUAUGAUGGCGAAAGCGCUUUGGCUGUGCCGACAUCGGCCGGCGGGAGAGGUAUAUCGGAGCUGCAGGCGAUUCACACGAACAAGCGUUUGUCGACCGAGGUCCUCGGCUCUUCCUUAGAGUCGACGAAGAUCUCGAAGAAAGACGACAGCGGACAACGACGGAUCACAACUAGAAUUGUGAGGAAAGUGACGACGCUUACUAGAGGAGAGGAGAAAGCGUCCGCCGAAGAUCUGGCGAGAGGAGGACGUGAAGUCCAUCGGUCAGCUGAGCACUACAGACAUGUCGAAAUGGAGGAAUCACAUCCUAGAAAAGUAAAGAUAUCAGACAUAGUGGUGGGGCAAGAAGCGAACGUAACCGCUCGCGAGGCGCUGCUGAGCUGGGCUCGGCGGUCCACCGCCAAGUACCCAGGAGUGAGGGUGACUGACUUCACAUCUUCGUGGAGAGACGGUUUAGCCUUCAACGCGCUCAUACACAGGAACCGGCCUGAUCUGAUAGACUGGCGUAAUAUCAGGUCAAGGCAAGUUCGUGAGCGUUUGGAGACAGCAUUCCAUGUAGUCGAGAAAGAGUAUGGAGUUACCAGGCUAUUGGAUCCAGAAGAUGUGGACACACACGAGCCAGAUGAGAAGUCGCUUAUCACGUACAUUUCAUCUCUAUACGAGACCUUCCCCGAACCACCACCGGUGCAUCCGCUAUUCGAUGCGGAGUCACAACGUCGCGCCGCAGCAUACACCGAACAAGCCGCCAUACACCGCGCGUGGCUGCAUGAGAAAUGUGCACUUAUGCAGGACCGUGCUUUCCCGUCAACUUUGAUAGAGAUGAAGAAGCUGCUCAGUGAGAGCACGCGUUUCCGCAACGAGGAGGUGCCGCUCCGACAGAGAGAGAAACAGAAACUCUUCCAUCAGUAUAGAGAACUAGAGAAAUAUUUCGAGUCGGUGGGUGAAUGUGACAUUGAACCGACUCUCCGACCUGAAGCGUUGGAACAGGCCUGGUCACGGCUGCUGAUGGCCACACAAGAGAGGGAGCGAGAUCUCUCCGAUGAGAUCAGACGCUUGGAACGUUUGCAACGGCUGGCUGAAAAAGUACACAGAGACAUAAAACAAACUGAGAGUGGACUGGACAAUGUCGAGCGUCGUAUAGAGAGUGAGAUACGACGGGUGGAACGCGGCGUACACCCCGCCGAGGCCAAGAUGGCGGCCGAACAGAUAGAACAGGAGUUGAGAACUAUGGAGCACGUGAUACAAGAGAUGUUCCAAGACGUACAUACGUUGAAGGAGGGCAAAUACCCGCAGUCAGCUGAAUUGCACCGCCGCGUGCAACAAGUGCAAGAGCGUUGGGCUAACGCGCGUACAUCGUUCGCUAACCGCCUGGUGGCGCGACUGGCGGGCGUGCGGCUGCCCGUGCAGCACACCACCGUGCGCCGCGAGACGAGGACCGUGCUCGAGACGCGCGUGCACGACGCGGGGCCCGGCUUCCAGCAGCUGGCAGACGCCGCGCGCUGGUGCAAGGACAAACUGAAAAAACUUCACGAAUCUGACUACGGAUCUGACUUGCCAUCGGUGCAACACGAACUCGACAAACACCAGAGAGAACACAAACAGAUUGACCAGUUCCACGCCAAGGUGGAGCAAUGCGUUCACAAUCGCUCUAACUAUUCAGGCGAAGAGCUUACCCUUUACAACCAACAUCUUAGUCAACUGCAGAAGCUUUAUGCCGAUUUGCUGUCUACUAGUACGAAACGUAUGUCUGAUUUGGACGCGUUGCAAGACUUCCUUCAAUCAGCCACCGCUGAACUGAAUUGGCUCAACGAGAAAGAGCAAGUGGAGCUCUCAAGAGAUUGGGCGGAUCCUCACAUCAAUCUGCCAGCUGUACAGCACUAUUACGAGCAACUGAUGUCGUCUUUGGAGAAACGUGAACUUCAAUUCAGCAAUGUCAUUGAUAGAGGAGAGGCGUUGAUCGCUCAACAUCACCCUGCUAUUAAGACUAUUGAAGCCCAUUUACAGGUGAUGCAGUCGCAAUGGGCUUGGGUGCUUCAAUUGACAUUGUGUCUGGAAACACAUCUCAAACAUACAACGCAGUACCAUAAUUUCUUUGAGGAGGUGAAAGAAGCAGAGAAGUGGAUACAAAAACGCGAAGAAGCUCUCAACACUACGUUUUCCCAAUCGGAGUUCACUUUGGACCAAGGCGAGCGUUUAUUAAAAGGAAUGCAAGACUUACGCGAGGAACUUAACGCUCACGGCAGCGUUGUUUCUAAGCUAGUGGAUGAAGCUCAAGAGAUUAGACCGGUGAAACAACGCCGGUCACCCAUCACGAGACCUAUAAGAGCCGAGACCGUAUGCGCUUAUAAGCACGCUAAUGUGGCAGUAGAGAAAGGUUCAGCGGUGACUGUGAUCGACAACUCUGGUCGCAGCAGAUGGCGUGUACGUCUCGGCGGUGCGGGUACCGAAGUGCAACUACCAGGAGCGGUGCUAGCGCUACCGCCGCCGUGCCAAGACGCUUUAGAUGCAGCGUCUCGACUGAGGAACUCUUAUGAUAGAGUAAUUCAAUUAUGGCAGAGGAAACAGCUGAGGAUGCGUCAAAACAUGAUCUUCGCUACCAUAAAGGUGGUGAAAGGAUGGGAUUUCCCUCAGUUUGUGGCAAUGGGAGCGGAACAGAGGCAGGCUAUUCGCCGUGCUUUGAAUGAGGACGCCGAGAAGUUAUUGGCUGAAGGCGACCCUGCUGAUCCUCAACUUCGACGCCUACGCAGAGAGAUCGAUGACGUCAACAGGCUGUUUGACGAGUUUGAACGGCGAGCCAGGGCUGAAGAGGAGUCCAAGAAUGCCGCGCGCAUCUUCACGGAACAGUCAUCGAAUCUUCUCGAACGUCUUGAAGUCCUUGAGCGGCAACUACACGAGAGAAUUGCUAGCCACAUCCCUAGAGACCUAGACACCUUGGAACACCUCGUAUUGCAACACAAAGACUGGGAAACCAGUCUACAUUCACUGUCAUCAGAUGUAGAAGAAGUCCAGGCAACUUUCAGAGGUAUUGCUCUCAAGACUCCGGCCAUGAAGAAGAAUCUAGAUAAGGUUAUGGGCAAGUGGAACGAUAUGCAGAGCAAGAGCCAACUCUUCGUCGAAAGGUUGAAAUUCGUGGAGAUAGUGGUUAACAGCAUGGAAGAGAACCACCAGACCAUCUCAGAGUUCGAGAUCAAACUUGCUCAGUUCAACGAUCUUCCUAAUGACGUAGAACUGUUGAAGGAUAUACAUGAAGACCUACUCCGCAUGCAAGUAGCUGUCAGCAAACAGCAAAUACAAAUAGACCAGAUGAACGAUGACGCUGAAAACUGCAGGCGUCUAGUGGAGAGCUCAAGAGCUGCGCUCCCGCAUUCCUCGCUGCCCAGAGCUGGAAAACAUAUUGACCUCGAGAGAUUGGACAAAGAAGUGUCGCAGCUGAAUAAUAGAUGGAAUAACGUUUGCAGUCAGCUGGCUGAAAGAUUACGCAGCUGCGAAGCAGCAUACCAACUCCUGCGCAACUACAACGCGGGCUUGGAAAAAGAAGCCGAGUGGAUCGACGAUACAUUCGGCAAGCUUCAAGCUCAACCACCUAUAGAAGUCCGCCCCAAGGAACAAUUCGAACCCACCAGGAAUCUACUGACAAGUGUUGUGGAGAGGACACCAAAGAUUGAGAAGGUUAACGUUGACGGUGGCAAGUUCAUUAGGGAGGCUAAGAUACACACAUCGCGAUGUCAGCGUUACGCUGAGUGGUUAUGCGACGAGGUACACCCGUCAUUGGAUAUGAAGCAACUAAAGAGGCAAGCGGACGUCGAGAUGGCGGAACGACUGCGGAACAGGGGCCGGCAGGUGGAUCCGGAACGUGUUCCUGUCGGAACAGAAGCUGUCGCGAGGGAGUUGGACGAGUUGAACGCGAACCAUCAGAAAUUAUUGGACUUGCUUUACGAGAGACUGAGGAGGAUAGCCGCUGCCAACCCUGGAGAUAUUGUUACAUUGCGUCUCGUGGAGGCGAUGGCGCCGCGUUCAGCUCGCUCCUUCCGCCAGGAGUUCAACAUGCAGGACCUGGCCACCACAGAGCAUACGGUCACCCACAUUACUACGGAAAAAUAUGUCAGGACAUCACACACGACAGAGUUAGAUGGUACACCUAUCAAAUCAAUGGCCAAUGGAAAACUAAGUUCGCCUAAAUAUACAAGCAAAACGAUUUUAUCUGACUACGACAAACCUGAUUUACGGAAUCUCAAAAGAAUUUACAAAAUGUACGAGGGUACCGAUAUCACCGAAUCGCGAGGUAUAGUCCACCCUGAAACUAGAGAAAUUUUGACAGUCGGUCAAGCGAUCAGCAUGAGGAUACUGGACGUUAGAACCGGGCGAUUAGUAUCAUCUCCUGAUACACGACAAACUAUAUCAAUUGAACAAGCAGCAGAAAAAGGUCUUAUUGAUCCAAAACUAGCUGCACGUCUAACAGGACCGUGCGGGAUGACAGAAGAUGGAAACGAAGUCACCUUACUAGAAGCUAUCCAAAGAGAAUUAUAUGAUGCCGAACAAGGACUUGCCGAUCCAGCAGAAAAAAGAAUUAAGGUAACAGUUGAAUCUGAAAAGCCCAGCACACAAGGAAUGAGUAUCUCUGAUGCAUUAAACUGUGGUCAAGUCGAUCUCCAAAGGGGCUUGUAUAGACUACCAAAUGGAAGCUACAUUACAAUAGCUGAAGCCUAUCAAAAAGGUUACCUCAUAUACAACGAGAUUAUCAAAAUAAAGUCGAGUGCUUUGUCCUUAUCUGACGCGAUUAGUCAAGAUUUAGUAGACAACAAUGGUUGGAUUUUGGAUAGGAAUUCGGGCGAUAGGUUCCAAUUAGAUACUGCUAUUAAAAAUGAAUUGAUCAAUCCUCAUAUUAGAGAAAUCGUUGAUCCUAAAAAUGACAGAAAAAUAACUCUUGUUGAAGCGAUUGACAAAAAUAUUAUUAACACCGUUCAUUCUAAAUACGUACAUAAUAUUACAAAAGAAAAGCUUUCUUUCAAAGACGCAGCAAUUAAACGAUUUAUUUGUAAACCUAUGACUCUAAAAGACGUUUGUGAUAAUAAUCUUAUGACUAAUGACGGUAAAAUUUUAUCUCCAACACAUAGGGUACCUUUAAGUAUUUUAGAAGCAAUCUCUACUGGAGUUCUUGACAGUGACGAUGUAAAAUGCAUAACUGAUACAACUACUGGACAACUUCUUACUUUAUCUGAGGCAUUAGCUGCUAAGAUAAUUUUAACUGAUAAUAAAUUUCGUGAUAACUUAACUGGAGAGAUUUGUACGAUACCUGAAGCAGUCGAUAGGGGUCUUAUCACGUCAGUUUCACAAAGAUCGAUAUUCAAUAUUGACGGUUUUAGAGAUCCAAAAACAGGAGAGUUUAUUUCUUUUAACUCUGCAUCCAAAAAAGGUUACCUUAAAUAUGUUAAUGGUGAAACUUUCCUUAAGUCUGAAACUGGAGAUUUUGUAUUCAUAGAAGACUGUACAAAAGUGUCCAUAGUCCGUCCUGAAGUUUUAGAAAUGUUUAAUCGUAAGAUAGGAGUUUAUGAAAAUGGAAAAGAACUAACUGUGUUGGAUGCAGUAUUCAAAAACAUUCUUGAUCCCAAAACGGGUCAUUUACUUGAUGCAACUACUAAGAAACCCAUCCCUUUUAAUAAAGCCGUAGAAAUAAAUAUGAUUACUCCUGAAGGGGCAGCAUUAUUAAAUUCCCUCCUUAAUAUAACUCUUACUUUACAAACAGUUACUAAAACGGUAAAGCGUUAUGUCACUGUAACAAAUACUAAUGCAUCACAAAGAUCCGAAGCAAUACUUACUUUUACUGAAGCUAUACGUCGGGGUCUUAUUGACGAAAAUACGCAGACGUUUACAGAUCCAACUACUGGAACUGUAUUCCCUAUUCAACAAGCUCUAGAUGAAGGUUUGCUCGGCGUAGACAAAAACGAACCCCGAAUUGUUCGCAUUCCAGAAAUAACCCGAAAAGAAUUGAUUCCCGGACAAGUAGUAGAACUUAAAAUCACAAAAAAGUCAUUCAUUCCUGAUUUGCCACCUAGUCCUGAGAGUAAAUUGCAACAAGAAAAUAGACCGGAAACUAUUAAGAGCCCUGAUUUAGUUACUCGCGAUGUAAUUCAACAAGAAUCUAUAAUUCAGAAAGUAAAAACUGGAAUCACGAAAUCUGUAACAACAGAACCGACUGUAACAUCAUUAACGAUUAGAAAAAAUACUAUUGAGCUGCCACGUGAUGGCUGGACCCUUAGAGAAGCCAUAUCGCAAAAAUUUUUCAAUCCUGUUACUGGUAUUUUUGUUAUUCCCGGAACUGAUAGAAUCAUAGAUCUUAAAGAAGCUCUUAAGCUUAAUAUUAUUAAUCCUAAUUCUGCGGUAGUUAUCAAUCCCAAAACUAAAAAAGAAACAUCCUUAAAAAGUGCCAUCGAUAUGCACAUUCUUGAUAACACAGGUAAUUAUAAUCUGCCUACUGGUUUAAUUAAUAUGAAAGAAGCUAUCGAUAGUAAAUUUAUUGUUUUUGUUGAAAUUUCUACUAAUAUAUCAUUACAGAAAGUUAUAACUAUAACUUCAGUUGCCGGCAUGCCUGAUGAAAUUGAAGUUUCCGAAAUAAAUAAAUCUACAACCCCUUAUGAUGUCGUAAGAGAAGAACAAACAAUUUUAGAACCUAUUCAGGUAGAGCCAGGUGUUAUAUAUGAUCCAGCUACGGCUUUAAUUAUAUCGACUACGUCAGGUGUUUCAGAAAAUAUUUUAGAUGCUGUUGACCGGGGUAUAGUACCAAGUGAUAGUGUCAAAGUUAUAGAACCGUUCACAGGGAAUCGAAUUACUCUAAAACAAGCAUUAGAUAAAGGUAUAUUAGACAAAAAAUCUGGAGACUAUAAAGAUAAGUCCGGUAAUAAAAUAAGUUUGUCAGAUGCAGCAAAAAUAGGCUUAAUCACAGUUAUAGGAGCCCCGUUAGUCGGAGCAGCAAAGGUUAUUCAAGUCGUUAAAAGUACCAUGGUGGUAGACCCAAGAACGGGAGAAAAAGUGCCUAUGGAAGUAGCUUAUGAAAGAGGUCUCGUGGAUCCAUUAACUUACAAGAAAUAUGAAGAUUCUAUUAGAGAUAAAUCUCCAGAAUAUGAUUCUACAAUACACAAAGAAAAAUUGGCAACGACAUCAACCAAAACAGUUACAUUUACGCAAGUCAAUACUACGCCAACAUUAACUAGCACUACUAUUAUGUAUAUCAUAGAUCCUAUGACAAAUGAGAAAGUGCCUAUAGAUGUUGCACUUGAAAAAGGGUUAAUUGAUGAAAAGAUUUAUAAUGAAUAUAUUAAGUUAAGUGAAGAUCCUUCUCAAAUUCAGAGCAGCACUAGUACUGUGUCAGUUACUGAAAGUGCUCAUACACCCAAUGUAACGAUAACUACGGUUGUAGAUCCCGUUACUGGCGUUAAAGGACCUAUAGAUGAUGCUUAUAAGAAAGGAUUAAUAGAUUCAGCAUCACAUCAAAAAUAUAAAGAAACCUAUUCUCCCCAGUUCUUUAACCCUGAAGUCUUAAAAACUCCUAGUGAUAAAAAUACGGUGACCUUUACUCAAACUACUAAACCUGUCACUGUGGGUGCUGCUGUUUCAGAAGGUUUUAUUACUGUAGAAUCAAUUCAAAAUAGCAUUUUAGCUGAUACUAGAAAACCUGUUAAUACAUCAUCGGUAAUGCAAAUCAAACGUCCGUCUGAUAUUAUACAAAUAACACAAUCGCAGGUAUCUGCAAUACCUAAAUAUAAACUUCAAGUUCCUACAGAAAGUGUCAUCGAGAGUCAAGUUAUAGAAAGUAAACCUGUAGUUUUACAAAAACUUAGAAAACGAGUAGUGACUCCAUUAGAAGCAGUCGAAAAAGGUUUACUAAGUAAAGAAACUGCAAAAAUUUUGGAAUCUGUUAAAGUUUACAAAGAUGAAAAUGGCAGACCUCUUUCACUCGAAAAAGCCAUCGAACAAGGCUUUAUAGAUGACGAGAAAGGUGAAAUUAAAGAUCCUCUUCAUGGCGAUAUCGUUAAUAUUAAAGAAGCUCUAGAAAGAGGUAUACUAGACAGUGAAGGACAGGAUGAAGUUCUUAUUCCUUUAGCAAAGAGUCUUUCAGUUGCAGAAAUUUUAGAACAAGGUUUAUUAGACCCCGUUACGGGUAAAAUAAUUCACCCAGAAACUGGUAACCAUUUGACGUUAAGAGAAGCAAUUAUUUGUGAUAUAGUCGACCCAUUAUCUUCUGUUAAUAUUUCUCCAGGUAAGAAAAUUACACUUGCUGAAGCUAUAGAGAAGAAUAUAAUAGAUAAUGACAAGAAUGUGGUAAAAACAAGCAAUGGUAUUCUAGAUUUAAUAUCAGCUGUGAAUGCCUCUGUUUUUUCUGAACCAGAAACUGCGAGUGUUGAAAAGAUUCCACCAGCUGCUUUGACAUUACCUCUUGCUAUUAAGAUAGGUCUAAUUGACCCAGAUACCAGAACCAUGAAGCACCCACUUACUGGUGAUGUCAUAACUAUAAAAGAAGCAGUAGAAAAAGACUUGUUAAUGGCGUUACCCUAUCCACAUUCUAAUGACACUAUUACUCUUGAAGAAGCUUUAGACAAAGGAAUAGUGGAUUUGAAAGAGAAUACAUUUACAGAGCCAACUUCGAAAGAAAUUAUUCCUUUGGACAAGGCAAUGGAACAAGGCUUGCUAACUAUUAAGCCCAACAUGGAUGUUUUACAAACAACUGGAGUUAUGACGACCAUAACAGAAACAUUUUCAUCUCAGCACACGAUCACUACUAAAAUGAUAGAAUUACUGGCUGAUUACGUUCUAAUUAGUGCAAAUGAAGUUCAAAACACAAAAACAGGAGAAAUAAUCUCGAUGGAGGAUGCCCGUCUACAGGGCAUUGUUCAUGAUGAAAAAACUAGCAAGGAACAAUUCAUAACUAACGAAACAAACAUAAGUUUCGAAGAUGCUCUUAAACUUGGAUAUAUUAAUAUAGAUCAAGGUACGUUUACCCACCCCAGUACUGGAGCAGUAAUUUCUAUUUCAGAGGCAGUUAAUUCUGGCAUCCUUAAUACGGAAGUAAUUACUACAGAUGAACCCAAAAUAUCAACAACAAAGAAAGACUUGGAAAUGUUGGAUCUCAAUGAAGCCUUUGAUCUGCUGUUUGACGAAAAAAGUCAAACAUUUAAAGAUCCAAAAUCUCCUACAAAAUCAAUAACAUUAAAGGAAGCUAUAAAACAAAACAUUAUUAAUCCAAAAUCUAUUAUAUAUGACGUAGAAGCUGCUAAACCAGUUACUGUUCAAGAAGCCAUAAAUACAGGUUUGAUUGACAACAAAUCUGGAAAAAUUAAAGAUCCUGAUACAGGAAAGUCAGUUGACAUUAAAAAUGCAGCUAAGAUGGGUUUGAUAGCAGUUGUGGCUGCACCUGUAUUAGCAGGCCUAGCUGUAGUUCAAGGUGCAAAAGCUGUGACGAGUAAAAUAAUGCAACCCAAGAAAACUGUUACAGAGAUAGAAAGAGCAACUGAAGAAACGAUCACCCCAGUUAAAAGUAUUAUAAGUUCUGUAAAACUACAACCAAUGCCGAUUACGAGUGAUAAGGAAAAGCAAAUAGAAACUUCUCCACAAGAUAUCACUAAUGAAAAACAACUAUCGCAAGAUACAUCAAUAACAAUAAUGGACACUAAUAAAAAUACACCUGAUCAAGCUAGUCUUAAGAUAGAACAUUCAAAAGCUCACCCUGUUCACAAAGAAAAAAAUACUGUAGAGCAAAAACAACAACAAACAUUGAUUGAAGAAUUACCACCACCAGUACAAAAUGUGAUUUCCACCAUGAUUAAUUUGCCUGAAAAAUCAGAAAGUCAAGAGCCAACGCUACAAGAAAGUCAAGAAAUAAGUAUAGAUACAAUUCAUCACAGUGAUAUAACUGACAUUCGAGAAUUAUGUGUAACUAUUGACGAGAACAUAUCUAAAGAGAAAACCACAUUAAGAGAUCAACAAAAACUAGACGAAUCAAAAGAAUUAACACCUGAACAAGCAAAGCUGAUUGAGUAUAAAACUUCGAAACCUAUUGAAGUUGUUCAUAUUUCUCCAAUACUAACUCGGCAAACUGGCAAUGCCAUAAAGGAUUCUGAAAAAUUUAUUCUUGAAGAAACUGCAAUAAGUAUACAUGGUGCGGUACCGGUGACAAAAUCUUCAAGUUCUUCCCAACCUGAUAAAUCCAUUUUGAUAACUACAACUGUAGAACCAGAAACAAAUCCUGACUCAUCUAAAGCGUUUGUGCAAGAACCAGUUAUACAUGAAUAUCGUGAAGUUACCCCUGAUAAAAUUGAACAUACUAAGGUAAGCAAAACAAUUGUGUCUAAAUCAGAGCCUUCAGAAUAUAUAACAGAAAAUACGAGUACAGUCGUAACUACUAAGUUAUCCAAAGUAACUACGGUAGAAUUAACGCAGAAUGAAUUUACGUCACAUCAUAUAGUCACUGAGGAAACAAUUGAACCACAAGCGGCACUAGAAAUAUUAAGCAGUGACAAAGAAAAAUUAGUUACAAAAGCCGAUGAUGAAAUAGAUGAACCUUCAGUAACAAUGAUGGAAAUAACUAAAACUGUUAAAUAUGUAGACUCCAAGAAGGAGCCAAACAACGAACCUACAAUCAAAGAUAUCUCUCCGGUAAACGUAAUAGAAAAAGAUAAAAUUAAAUUUGAAUAUAACAAACAAGAUAAUAACGACGCCUGUAUUCGAGACCUAUCUAUGCCUAGAAAGAUCGAUGAGAAAUUAGUCAGCGAUUCUUUCAAAAUUGAUAAAAAAAUACCCGAUGAUAUUCAAGAUACAACAACUAAAAUUCAACCAAUAUUAGACUCGGUUGACGAUAUAUUUACAGCUGUUAACAAGGGUAUCGUCUCCACUGAAACUAUUCAUAUAGUAGAUCCAAAAACCGGUAAAGACUUAACUUUCAAGGAAGCAAUAAGUAAAGGAGUUGUCGAUGAAAAAACAGGAGAAGUAACCAGUAAUACUGGAACAAAAAUCAGUUUCAGUGAUGCAGCUAAAUUAGGAGUAGUUGCUAUUAUAGGAGCUCCAGUUCUAGCCGCAUCAAAAGUUGUGGAAAUGGUUAAGAAUGUCAUAAUAGUAGAUCCGAAAACCGGUGAGAAAGUUCCUUUGAAUGAGGCGAAAAGGCGAGGUCUGGUUGAUUCUGCAACUAACAUUAAGCAUGAGCUAUCCACAAAAGAAACUAGUCCUGGCGUUACAAGGGAACAUACAUCAAUUAUAACGGAACAGUUAUCAACUACCGCUGCUAAGCCUAUUGUGGUUAAAACUUCGCAGCCGGUUAUAACUGAAACUAUCAUAACGACAGUUGAAAACCUAUCCCUGGAUAAUGCUAUAGCACAACCUUUGAAGCCUGACAACUAUGAUGGUAAAACAAUAUCAGCUCUUUUGAUCGAUGCUGAAAAACAGCCACUUAAAGUAAUUGAUGAAAUAACGGAACAAAGUUCAGUAAAAUUAACUCCACCAAAAAGUAAACCUUUGUAUGAAAACAUUACAUUAGUCGAUGCUAUAUCAAAAGGUAAAAUCGAAUCAAAGGUAUGUAGAAUUAUUAUAAAUGGCAUUGAAUCUCCAUUAACUGUGCAAGAUUCCAUAGAACAAGAACAAAUAAGUAAGUUUGCAUUGGUAGAUAUUUUGUCGAAGAACGUAGUUAGUGUCAAAGAAACUGAACCAAAGUAUUAUAUUGCUAUUUCACAAAAGCUUACACCAGAAGAACUUUCUGAGAUGGGUGUGUAUGAUAUCGAAAAACAAGUAUUUUUGAACCCUGAAACAGGUUCUAAAAUAUCUUUUGAAGAAUUAGUCUACGGGUUACAUGUCUUUGACCCUAAAACAAUACUUGUCAAAGAUUUGGGCUCCAAAUCUGACGACUAUAUUUCAUUCGAAGAAGCUAUUACAAGGCCAAUUAUUGAUAAAAGCACUGGACAUAUGGUUAAUCCAAAAACGGGCAAACGGGUCCCUUUUUUGGAAUGUGUACAGAUAGGAUGGAUUGUAGAAAAACCAGAAGAUGUAACGGUCUCUGAACAAAUAUCCAUCGAAAAAGCGUUAGAGCAUGGUCUGUAUAAUCCUAAAACGAGUGAAAUAGUCGACAUAAAUUCAGGUAAAUUAGUUCCGAUCGGUCAAGCCGUUGAGAGUGGUUUAGUUGAUCAAGAAUCAUUCUUAAUAAAAGUGCCCUUUACUAACGAGAAUAUCCCAAUAUCUGAUGCUGUUGAACGUGGUAUUAUAGAAAUACAUGAAGGUGUUAUUACUAUUGUUGAAACUCAUCAAGUUAUAGAAAUGUCAGUAGCAAUUCAAUGUGGAAUUAUAACAUUGGCGCGAAGACCAGUUUCUAUUGAAGCUAUUAUUGUAAAUGAUAUGCUAGAACCAAAAACAGGGCAGAUUAAAGAUAUAGUCACUGAUCAAUUAGUAAGUGUUAGCGAUGCUGUAGAUAGAAAUAUUAUUCAUCCUACUAUAUCUGAAAUAAAAGACACAGCAUCGGAAAUAUUUAUUCCUCUUUCGGAAGCGUUGAAUACAAAUCUUAUUCACCCGGAGACUGGCAAAAUCAAAGACAAGAAGACUGGCGAAGACAUUCCAUUAAAUGAUGCUUUGAAAAAAGGUUUACUUGCCACUAAAGACGUCACGUUUUCUUUGUUUGAUAUUAUUGAAUUAGGUUAUUAUUCUCCUGAGACUUGUCAAAUUUUAAACCCGAAAACCGGUAAAGCAGUAACAUUAGGUCACGCCAUAAAAGAUAAGCUAAUCGACCCAUCAGACGUUAAAAUAAAAGACGAUAAUUCUGAAGCAGUUUUGCCAUUUGAUCAGGCUGUAAAAGUAGGACUUGUAGAUACAGAGAGAGGUAUCAUUACCUCUCCAGUUUUUAAUCUCAAAGAUGCUCGCGAUAAAGGUUAUUUGCUUCACGACAAGAAACCUUGGACAUUACAAGAGGGUCUUGUUCAAGAGUUUUACAAUCCAGAAACCGGUCUCUUAACCAUCAAUGAUGCCACAAUGACAUUAGCGGAUGCUAUCCAAAAAGGAGAUAUUAAUCCCGAUGCAAUGACUGUUAAAAAUUCCAUUACUGGUGAUAUAAUUUCUUUGAAUGACGCUAUUAAAAUUGGAAUCAUAGAUUCAAAAGAAGGCAAGGUAAAUGACCCUGUCCAUGGUGACAAAAUCUCUCUUACCGAUGCGUCAGAGCGAGGACUUAUUGUACCCGCGAAACGUAAACUUAGUUUACCUGAAGCUGUAUUCAAAGGAUUUUAUGACCCUAAAACUGGUAAAUUCUCACAUCCGGAAAGUAAAGAAAAAGUUCAGACUGAUAGAGCAAUUAAAAAGAGAAUGAUAGACCCUCAAUCAACUUUAGUACAUGUAGGAGGCAAAGUGAUACCAUUUGAAUUCGCAGUUGACAAAGGGAUAGUAGAUGGUAGGACCGGCACCGUUCUGUUAGGAUAUGAUAAAGUAGAUUUCCGAGAAGCUUUUGAAAGAGGUAUAUUAGUUGAAGUGCGCAAACCUAUGUCCCUUAUUGAAGCGCUUGAAAAGGGAAUUUAUAAUGAAAUCACUGGCCUUUUUAUGGACCCUCAAACAGGUAAAAAGCAUACUCUUGCAGAAGCUAUUAAAUUAAACUUGAUUGACCUCAACUCUGUACAUGUUCAAGAUAACAGACUGGGGAAAUGGAAUAAAAUUACACUUCCCGAAUCACUACAAAUAGGUGUUAUUGAUGAUAAAACUAGUAAAAUUAAAAAUAUAAACAAUGAAAAUGAAGAAAUCAGCCUUCGCAAAGCUUUUGAAAUUGGUUUACUCGUGGAUAGUAAAGCACCUAUUAGCUUACAAAGGGCUUUACAUCAAGGUCUUUAUGACGAUGCGACUGGAAAAAUUUGUGAUCCAACUACUAAUCGUAAAAUAACUCUUCAUGAGGCCAUAAGGCGUUCUAUUAUUAGUCCAAAGCAUUUAUGUUAUUUUGAUAAAAAAUCAGAAAAGCCAUUAUCUCUAGCGGAAUGUUGUCGCAGUGAAAUUGUGGAUAGGAGAAAUGGAAAAUUCACUGAACCUGGAUCAGAUGUUCAAAUACCAUUAUCAGAAGCAAUGAGUUUAAGUUUAAUAGUAGAUAUUGAAAGUGCUGGGUUUACUUUGUACGAAACGUUAGCUAUGAAUAUGUAUAAUAUUACUGAACUUGUUUUUGUGCACCCUGUUACAGAAAGAAAAUUAUCUCUUAAUUCAGCAAUAACGGAAGAACUUAUCAAUCCGCAAAUGUCUCUAGUAAAACAUAUUCCUACAAGUAAAUAUAUCAAAUUAGAAGAAGCUAUAAAAAGUGGCGUUAUUGAUGGAGAUAACAGUGUCUAUGUACUACCUAAUGGUAAUCAAAUAAAUUUACUUGAUGCGAAACAUCGUGGCUUAAUAGUUACGGCUAAGAAAAAUAUUAGUCUUGAAGAAAUUAUUAAAAAUGGUUUCUUUAGAUCUGAUAACGGAAAAGUUGUAGAUCCUGUUACUAAUGAAUUUAUCGAUUUAAAUAAAGCUAUUGAAAUUAACUUCUUAAAUCCCGAUUCAACUGUGGUGAAAGAUAACAUGACUUAUAAAUACAAACCUUUUAUAAUAGCUAUCCAACAAGGGGAUGUCGAUGUUUCAAAAGGUAGAGUUCUUGAUACGAAAGCUAAGAAAACUUAUAGUUUAGAUAUCGCAUUUGACAAGGGUCUACUUGUAACAGUUGUUCAGCCCCUUACAACUCAAUCUAUAACUAAACGUUAUGUUCCGGAGGCAACUUCUAAAGAGCUACAACUAAGAGAAUUCACUCUAGACGAAGCUAUCAAAUACGAAUUUAUAGAUUUAGAAACCGCUGUUAUAAAGGAUCCUCGCAAAAACAAAUACAUUCCAUUAAAAUUAGGUAUGAUUGAAGGUAUAAUAGAUAAAAAUGUUAAAGGUUCUUUUGAUACACAAAAUCGCGCGCGUUCUCUUUGUUUCGUUUUUGAAAAUAGCUUGAUUGUAUAUGUUCGAGAACCUCUCACGUUUGAGCAAGCUUUAGAAAACGGUCAUAUAAAUGUUGCCGCCGCUCGAUUUACUGAUCCACAUUCCAAUGAAGUAUUAACAAUAAAAGACGCUACAACUUUAGGUUAUAUCGAUUCGGACACUGCGCUCAUUAAAGAUAAUCUCAAAAAGAGGUUAGUUAAACUGCCAGAAGCGUUCCGAAAGGGCCUUAUGGAUGCUGAAAAGGGUAAUAUUUUGGAUACUGAAACCUCUAAACUGAAUACACUGGCGUCAGCUAUAGAGAGUGGACUCCUAAUGACACCUAAAAAAAGUUUCACUCUCAUCGAGACAAUUACUUUCGGAAUUUACAAUCCAACAACUGGAGCGUUAAACGAUCCAUUUAUAACGACCAGUGUAAUAGAUAGAAAGAGGUUGAAUUUAGGCGAAGCGAUUCAACAGGGAAUUGUAGAUCCAUCCAGUACUGUAGUCAAAGAACCGGAGACUGGAAAGAUUUGGCCAUUGGUUCAAGCGAUUGAACAGAAACUCAUCGAUCCAAUCGAAGGCAGACUGGUUAUAGAUCCUAAGAAAGAGAUCAGCCUCGACUUAGUGAAAGCUCAUAAGAAGGGUUACUUACUGCCAGCAGAAACGAGGCAAGCAGUUGAAGAGAAGUACAGGCUUUGUGAUGAGACACUUUCUAAGUUAUUGGAAUGGAUUGCGAUCGUUGAAGAGAGACUGGCCAAUCAAGAAGCAGCAAAAGAAGAUAUGGAUGAGCUACGAAAUCAAAUAAACAUCUUGAAGCUUAUCAAGGAUGACUUGGAGAGUCACCAGCGCCAGGUAUCUGCGUGCGCUGACCAGGCUAAACAACUUCUAGUCUCCGGUGGAGAUGUGCUGGCACCACAUGAGGUGGCGGCAUUAGAGCGUGGCGUGCGCCAACUGAAACAGCGGUGUGACAAGUGCAGUGACAAGUGUGACAAGAUGUUGCGUCGCUUAGCCGCCGCUAGGGAUGAACUCGGCAAAUUCAGCAAUGAACUGAACACUUUCAAUGCCUGGAUGGAGGGCGCAUACCGCCUGCUGGAAGAAAAGGAGGCGGCUAUAUCCAAAUUAGACAAGUUACCCCACCAGGGAGACGACAUCAGGGAGUUUGUGUCUGACGUCAUAGCUCACCAAGCCGACCUUAGGUUUAUAACAAUGGCCGCACAGAAGUUCUUAGAUGAAAGCAAGGAAUUCCUGAGUAUUCUGAACGAGUACCGUACAACGUUGCCGUCGCGGCUGUCUCACGUGUCCCCGGGCGCGGAGAGCGCGGUCCGCGAGGGCGCAGCACUAGCGCGCCGCCGCCACGCCGACCUCGCGGCGCGCGCGCAGCGGCUGCAGGACCGCCUCAGGGGCACCGCCCACCUCACCAAGCAAUACAACCUCGCUUUGGAGAAGGCCGGCAAGUGGAUAAACGAUAUCGAACCACAAGUCCGCUCAGUACUAUCUGAACCGGUAGGCGGUGAACCGAGAGCGGUUGAAACGCAAUUGGCUAAGGCGAAAGCUCUGCACUCGGAGAUACUAUCGCAGGGACGUCUCAUCGACAAUGCUAAAGAUGCUUGCGAUCAGCUAGUGAAAUCGCUGGAAGGCAACUUGACACCAUCAGAGAUACGUCAACUCGAAGUUCCAGUGUUAGAUUUGACUGCUCGAUACAAGGACAUAGAUGGCGCUGUAGGCUCUAAAUGCGCGGAGUUAGAAGCGGCGCUACUGCAAUGCCAAGGAUUACAGGAUGCAGCGGAAACACAAGCCCAUUGGCUGGGACAGGUCGAGAAUGUAUUCAAGAACCAAAUGAAGCCUGCAUCUCUGAUCCGCGAGAGGCUCGACGAGCAAGUUCGCGAGCAGCGCAUCACGCACGGCGAGGUGGAAGCACGUAGGGCUGCACUCGCGCAACUACUCACCGCCGCCAGGGAUGCCGCUAGAGCGCCCUCUAACGCCAGGAUAGCGAGGAAACUGGAGCAACGAGCCGAGGAAAUAUAUGCCAGAUAUGAAAAGCUUCUAGAGCGUUCAAUAAAGCGGGGCCAGUUCUUAGAAGAAGUAUCGAACGAGUUGGCAGUAUUCAGCCAACAGGCGGCGACACUGGACGCGGCACAUUCGCAUCUCUUAGAACAAGCCGAUACCAGAGAACUCGCCAGAAGUAACGCUGAAGAACUACGCGCUAGAUUAGCUGAUUUGGCUCACUACAGGGAUAAACAAAUGCCGCUGCUUGAAGAUUGUCUUCGUAAUGGCAAACAGCUUAUAGCCAAGAAAGAUGUCACGGAUACACAUGUGGUUCGCGACAGGAUGAAGAUCUUGGAGAAUCAAUGGCGCGAUUUCAACACCGCGCUAGAAGAGAAACAGAAAUUAUUCAAACAACGUGCCGACCAGCUUAACCAGUACGAGACACUCAGAACUCAGGUGCUCGAAUGGCUGCAGUCUAUAGAGAACAGAGUUGGAAGACUCAAGCCUGUGGCCGUUGAUUUAGACGUUAUCAAAAUACAACAAGAUGAACUGCGGCCACUCACCAAGGAGUACAGAGAUUAUUCAGUCACCAUAGACAAGGUCAACGAAGCAGGAGCAGUGUACGAAGCAUUAUCACGCGGUGAACGAGCUGAUAGUCCUCACCGAAGACGUCUAUACAGUCCCACUAAACGUCACACGCCCAGCCGUACACUGGACGGAAGAUCUCCAUCGCCAACUAAAGGUCACGGGCUGGCUAGUCCCGCGUCUACACAUUCCACCUCUAGUGGGUUCUCUUCCCGCCGUUCCAGUCAAGAAGGAUUCCAUCUUGAAGAACUGUCCGGGGUACAACAACAGUUGGCUGAAAUCAAUAACCGCUACAGCCUAGUAGGCAGCCGCCUUAACGAUCGUCAGGCGGAAUUAGACGCGCUCCGUACCGAAUUACGCCGACAUUUAGACAGCUGUCGGGCUCUACAAUCCUUCCUGGAUAAGGUCCAAAGACAACUGCCCAAAGAUUCGAUACCCAACACCAAAGAAGAGGCAGACAAGACGACGAAACAAGCUCGCGCUGUGCUAGAAGAAAUGUACGAGAAGCAGAGCAUUCUAGACUCCACUAAGACACAGGUUCGUGAGCUGCUUAAACGCAAGCAAGGCGUAGAGGGCGCUGAUCGCUUGCAUGAUGAAAUGGAAGACGUCGCUACACGCUGGAAGGCUCUACACGAUGCUUUCAAAGACAAGAUUCGUCUAAUGGAGGAGAUGAAGGACUUCCAUGACACUCAUAGUAACUUGACCCAAUGGUUGGGCGCCAAAGAUCGCAUGAUGGCUGCCCUAGGACCAAUCUCGUCUGACUCUAGGAUGGUCCAGACACAAGUACAACAAGUACAAGUAUUACGCGAAGAAUUCCGCGUCCAACAGCCGCAGUUAGCUCAUCUAGAUGAAGUGGCGGCCGCCGUGUUACAACGUUUAGAACCAAAAUCACAAGACGCAGACUCGCUCCGUCGGAAAGUGCAACAAGUGAAAGACCGCUGGAACGAACUACUUGCCAAGUUGGAAGCACGCGGUGAAAGCUUAGGCGCCGCAGCGGAUACGUCUCGCGAGUUUGAUGCCGGACUGGCACGUCUCAGAGACGCUCUACACGCUAUAGGAGAUCAACUGGACCGUUUACCGGAACACGAGCCCGAUGAGAGAUUACGCAAGAUAGAGAACUUGGAAAGGCAGUUGGAAGGUCAGAGGCCUCUGCUAGCGGACUUGGAGGCUGCAGGCGCGGCUCUAGCGACUGUUUUAUCAGAUCCCUCAUCGAGACAAGACAUACAGAGCAAACUGGCAGCUGUGGCACGACAAUACGACAACCUGCAGAGGAAACUAGACCUAAAGAAAGCGGAAAUAGAGGCGGCUUUGAAGGAUGGUCGCAACUUGGAGGAGAACGUGGCCAAGACUCUUGGUUGGUUACAAUCCGAGUUGGCCGCGUUACCUGGCCGCCUGCAGGUAUCAGCCGACAGUACGCGACUUCAACAACAGCUGGAACGUCACGAGCCUUUAUAUAGAGAACUCAGCCAAAGAGAACAUGAACUCAUCAUGCUACUUGACAAAGGUCGCGAAAUGGAGAAGAAACCGUCAUACCAGGGUCUCCGUAAAGACCUCGAUAGGAUUCAAACUCAAUGGGACAAACUUAAGCGGGAAAUCGUCGACCGCUAUACACGACUCCAGACUGCUAUGGAACACUGCCGUAAAUACAGCAAGGCUCAGGAAUCUUUCCUGCCGUGGUUGAGCUCAGCCGAAGAAAGAGUGGCUCAACUUCCGCCCACAGCGUUCACAAGACGAGAAGUUGAAGCUCAACUGAGACAACUGCAGCUGUUGCGCAACGACAUCUGGAAGCGGUCUGGCGAAUACGAGAACAACAAGACACUCGGCGAGACGUUCAUCUCGGCAUGUGACGUUGACCAAGAGAUUGUUAGGAAACAACUAGACUCCAUGAGAGACCGAUGGGAUAGACUCAACAAUGAAGUACUUCAACAAGUGGAAUUCUUGGAGACGACAGCACGUAAACUCGGCGAUUUCGGUGAGAAAGUGCGAGCGGUAGAAACACCGUUACAGCGCUGCGAGGAAAGAUUACAGGACGCUCUGGCUGCGCCGCCAGCCGUGGCAGCUGAAGCUGUGGCCAGAUUGACGGAUAAUAUACACGCACUGAGAGUGCCGUUGCAGAGCGUGGAGACGGCCGCGGACGAUAUAAUCCGUCUCGCUCUCGAGUGUGGGGGUAAGGAGGAUAGCGAGCGUGCACGCGGCGUACUACAGGCCCAUACCGCCGCCCUCGCCGAUAGACUCACUGAUCUGGAGGCGCGCGCUGAUGAUGCACGAGCUAGACUAGCUGGCGCCACCGCUGCCGUUGCACAGUUCCAGGAUAAAGUUAAGAGUCUGUCACACGAUCUAUCAGACUUAGAGAAAGAGUUGGACACCAUGAAACCUCCUGGACGCGACAUAAAGACGGUCAAGACACAACUUGAUGAUGUCAGUCGCUUCUACAAACGAUUGGAGAAGGCCGACGACUUGGUCGGUGAUAUCGAGAGAGCUGCUGAGAAUUUGGUCGAUAGCGGUUACACUGUUGAUUCUGCUAACACCAGGGAUCAGGUGGAAGGUCUUCGUAAACAGCUGGCCAAGUUGGACGAGCGCGCUCGCUCCAAGGAACAAGAUCUGGAUGAUACUCUUAGCAAGUUGGAAGCUUUCUACAAGGCUUACGACUCUGUUAUGGACGAUGUACAGGAGGCUUCCGAACAAGUCCGCAGCUUGAAGCCUGUGUCCUCAGAGGUGGAACAGAUUAGAUCCCAGCAGAAAGACUUCGGUGAACUGAGACGCCGUACGUUAGAGCCUUUGGGCCAGAACGUGGCCCACUGCAACAAGAUCGGCCAGGGAUUAGUCAGAUCCGCACUCCAGGGGGUCUCUACUCAACAGCUGGAGAAAGACCUGGAGAAAAUGAACGACAAAUGGAACGCACUUAAGGAAAAGAUGAACGAACGCGAGCGGCGUCUGGAUGUUGGACUUCUACAGUCUGGCAAGUUUGCUGAAGCUUUAGCCGGUUUGGAGAAAUGGUUGGCUGAUACUGAAGAUAUGGUCCGAAACCAGAAACCACCAUCAGCUGAUUACAAGGUCGUAAAGGCGCAAUUACAGGAACAGAAGUUCUUGAAGAAAAUGCUGAUGGACCGUCAGAAUUCUAUGUCUUCGCUGUUCGCUAUGGGCAACGAAGUGGCCGCUGGCUGUGAGCCUGGAGAACGGAAGUCUAUAGAGAAACAACUGAAGGGACUGAUGCAGAGAUUCGACGGACUCACGGACGGCGCCCAACAGAGGAUGCUGGACCUGGAACAAGCAAUGAAGGUGGCAAAACAAUUCCAAGAGGAAUUACAACCGUUGGUCGAAUGGUUGGGUACCGCUGAACGCAAAGUAAAAUCUUUGCAACUCGUGCCAACUGACGAAGAGAAGAUUCAACAGAAGAUUAGAGAACACAAGAACUUGCACGAGGACAUCCUGUCAAAGCAGCCAGCUUUCAAACAGUUGACAGAAACUGCAUCUACUCUUAUGGGUCUGGUGGGAGAUGACGAGGCGGCCGCACUUGCUGAUCGUCUUCAAGCGGCCACGGAUAGAUACCAAGCCCUGGUAGACCACAGUCUGAACAUCGGAGAGCUUUUGGACAAUUCACGUAAAGGACUAAGACAUCUCGUCCUCACAUACCAAGAGUUGGCCGCGUGGAUGGACGGCAUGGAACAAUACCUCGCCAAGAGGAAACUGUUGCCGCUGCACAUGGAGAAACUGCUGCGGCAAAUGGACGAACUAGCCGAAAAGACGGAAGAGAUAGCGGCCAAACAAGAAGCAGUAGACUCCACAGUGGAAUCAGGCUUGGAACUAAUGAAACACAUCUCCGGCGAUGAAGCACUCCAGCUGAAGGACAAACUGGACGCGUUACAGCGAAGAUACAACGAUCUCACAUCACGCGGCGCCGAUCUACUGAGGAUCGCUUCCGAGACGUUGCCGCUUGUACAACAGCUGUAUAAUAGUCAUAACAAACUAAACGAAUGGAUGGCGGGCGCUGAGAACUGCCUACAGUCUGUAGAACCGCGAGAAGAAGACAUACUUCGUUUAGAAGCUGACUUACAGGAGUUUAGACCCGUACUUGAUACCAUCAAUCUUGUAGGACCUCAGCUGUGUCAGAUUUCACCUGGAGAAGGUGCCGCGCACGUUGAAGCUUUAGUGACCCGCGAUAACCGUCGCUUCGAUGCGAUCGCUGAACAGAUACAACGAAAGGCUGAACGUCUACUACUCAGCAAGAAGCGAUCGCUCGAAGUGGUCGGCGAUAUGGAGGAAGCGGUGGAAUGGCUGCGUAGCGCUGAGAGCGCUUUACGUAACGCGGCGCCGCCGUCAGCGGACGCGGCUAAAGUUAGACAGCAGCUGAACCAGCAGCGGCCGCUCAGCGAUGACGUCGCUGCACAGCGAGCACGUGUCAGGGAUCUGCUCGCUCAAGCGAAGAAGGUACUCCGUGAAUGCCAAUCGUCGGAGGAGACAGCGGUGAUCCGCGACAGAAGCGAGGAGCUGAAGGAGCUGAUGGAAGAAGUGGGUCAGCUCAGUGCCCAACGUCUCGCAGCAUUAGAACAAGCGCUACCGCUCGCCGAACACUUCGCUGAUACACACCACGGCUUGUCUUCCUGGAUGGACGACAUGGAGAGACAGAUCCAGAUGCUGGCCAUGCCAGCUUUACGCCCCGAGCAGAUCGUCCAACAGCAAGACAAAAACGAGAUGCUGCAACAGUCGAUCGCUAACCACAAGCCUCUAGUGGACAAGCUGGUCAAGACUGGCGAAGCCCUAGCGCGCCUCUGCGGCGAUGACGACGCCGCUAAAGUAUUGGACACCGUCGAGGGAGACUGCGAGAGAUAUAAUGCUCUACGAGCUGAACUCAGGCAGAGACAACAAGAACUCGAACAGGCGUUACAAGAGUCUUCGCUGUUCUCUGACAAGUUGGAGGGCAUGUUGCGUGCGCUAGGUGGCGCUAGAGAUCAGCUCGCACGGGCCGAACCAGUAUCUGCACAUCCGCCCAAGAUACAAGAUCAAAUAGAAGAGAACAACUCGCUCGCAGAAGAUCUGGACAAACGUCAAGAAGCUUACAACGCGGUACAGAGGGCCGCGUCUGACGUCAUCAGCAAAGCGGACCGCAGCGAUCCCGCCGUCAGAGAUAUACGCAACAAAUUAGACAAACUCAACAAACUAUGGGACGAGGUGCAGAAAGCGACAAACGAUCGCGGCUCAUCUCUAGACAGCGCGUUAGAAGUGGCCCGUCGGUUCUGGCAACAGCUAGAAGCCGUCAUGAACACCCUGAGCGAGUUACAGGACACGUUGGCCGCUCAACCACCUCCGGCUGCUCAACCUAGAGCCAUCCAGGCUCAACAGGUGGCGCUGCAGGAGAUAAGGCACGAGAUAGACCAUACCAAGCCAGAGGUUGAGAAAGUCCGUAAGACCGGUUCUACUUUGAUGUCGUUAUGCGGCGAGCCGGACAAACCCGAAGUUAAGAAACAUAUGGAGGAUCUGGACCAAGCGUGGGACACGGUCACCGCAUUGUACGCACGCCGCGAAGAAAACCUCAUAGACGCCAUGGAGAAAGCUAUGGAGUUCCAUGACACGUUACAGAAUCUCCAAGAGUUCUUGGACUCUGCUGAAGAUAAGUUCUCCCGUAUGGGCGCCCUGGGUUCUGAUAUCGACGCGGUAAAGAGGCAAAUAGCCCAACUAGCCUCAUUCAAGCAAGAAGUAGACCCUCACAUGGUUAAGGUCGAAGCUCUGAACAGGAGUCUAGUCAGGCAAGCGCAAGAACUAACGGAGCGCACGUCUUCCGAACAAGCGUCGGCAAUAAAACAACCGUUGACCGAAGUGAACGCGCGCUGGUCCGCGCUGCUACGAGGAAUGGUUGAGAGGCAACAACAACUAGAGAGGGCGCUGCUGAGACUAGGACAGUUACAGCACGCGCUGCAAGAACUGCUCUCGUGGAUACAACAUACCACAGACACUCUUGAUACCCUCAAACCGGUGGCAGGAGAUCCUCAGAUCCUAGAGGUAGAGUUGGCCAAGCUAAAGGUAUUGGUGAACGAUAUAGCCGCUCAUCAGGCAAGCGUGGACACCCUCAACGAUGCUGGCGCUCAGAUACAGAGACACGGUUCCGAAGAAGCGGGAGAAACGGCAGAGAAGCUGGCAACACUGAACAGAAAGUGGAGAGAGUUGCAACAGAAGGCUCGCGAUCGCCAAUCGGAACUUGAGGAUGCACUCAGAGAGGCACAGAGCUUCAACGCGGAAAUAGGUGAUCUGCUGUCUUGGUUGUCUGAAGUGGACGGUGUUAUCGCCGCUUCAAAACCGGUCGGUGGUCUACCGGAAACCGCGUCCGAACAAUUGGAACGAUUUAUGGAAAUCUACAAUGAAAUCGAAGCGAACCGUCCCAAAGUGGAGGCAGUGUUGCAACAAGGUCAGGAAUACCUCCGUCGCCAGGAGAAACCGAAUCCCACCUCACAACUGUCGCUCAAUCUCAAGAAUCUCAAGUCCCGUUGGGACAACGUCACUGCAAGAGCGUCAGACAAAAAGAUAAAACUGGAGAUAGCCCUCAAGGAAGCAACAGAGUUCCACGACGCUCUCCAAGCAUUCGUAGACUGGCUCACGGGUGCUGAGAAAACUCUCGCCUCUGCUAAACCUGUGUCCAGAGUCAUGGACACCCUACUCACUCAAAUCGAAGAACACAAAGCAUUCCAAAAGGAAAUCGGCACCCACCGCGAGACGAUGCUUCUAUUGGACAAGAAGGGAACACACCUCAAAUACUUCAGCCAGAAGCAAGACGUUAUAUUGAUUAAGAACUUGCUGGUUUCCGUACAACAUAGAUGGGAGAGAGUAGUGUCGAAGGCCGCCGAAAGGACCAGAGCUUUAGACCAUGGCUUUAAGGAGGCCAAGGAAUUCAGUGAUAUGUGGAACAACUUGAUGAACUGGCUGAACGAUACGGAACAACAGUUGGACGAACUCAACAAAGAGACAACAGUAAACGAUCCAGAGAAGAUCAAACAGAGGUUGCACAAACAUCGAGACUUCCAGAAGGCUCUAGGCGCGAAACAGUCAAUAUACGAUCAGACCAUGAAGACAGGUAAACAGCUGAAGGACAAGGCCCCCAAGACCGACGAGACCCCCCUCAAGAAUAUGCUCAACGAUCUCAAGACUAAAUGGACUACGGUCUGUUCGAAGGCUGUUGAUAGACAACGCAAGUUAGAAGAAGCAUUACUCUAUUCCGGUCAGUUCAAAGACGCCAUGUCCGCUUUACUCGACUGGCUUAAGAAACAGCAAGUCGCCCUAUCCACCGAUUUACCCGUCCAUGGAGAUCUAGACACUGUUAUGGCGCUCAUUGAACAACACAAGCAAUUCGAGGAGGAUCUCCAUUCUCGAGAACAGCAGAUGCAGUCUGUUAUGAAGACCGGCAAAGAAUUGGAAGCUACGGUACCACGUGAAGACGCCGCUAAUAUUAGACAGCAGUGCAGCGAUCUCAAACAACUAUGGGAGAGUGUCCAGAGUCUGAGCGAGAAGAAAGCUCACAAACUAGAGGGCGCUCUCAAAGAGGCAGAGAAGUUACAUCGUUCAGUGAAUAUGCUGCUCGAAUGGUUGUCUGAUGCGGAGACUCGUCUGAGGUUCUCCGGCCAAUUGCCUGAAGCUGAACUGGAAGCUCAGCAACACCUCAGGGACCAUGAGAAGUUCGUGCGGGAACUGAAGGAGAAACAGAAGGACAAGGAUGAGACGAUCACCCUCGCUCAGUCGAUACUCGGUAAAGCCCACCCUGACGCCGUCACUGUGAUCAAACACUGGAUCACCAUCAUCCAGAGCCGGUGGGAUGAGGUAUGGCAAUGGGCGAUGCAGCGGGGUGCCAAACUCGAAACUCACAUGCAGAGCUUACGGGACCUGGACUUAGUGCUGGAAGAACUGCUGCAAUGGCUGCUAGGACUAGAGAACACCUUGUUAUCAUUGGAAUCCGAGCCUCUGCCCGAAUCUAUUGAGUUACUAGAAGGCUUAAUCGAAGACCACAAAGAGCUGAUGGAGCACACUCAGAAGCGACAGAACGAAGUCGACCGCGUCUGCAAAGCUUACCAGGUCAAGAGUCAAAGCCAAGGCAGGGAUUCGACACCUCGCAAAGUAUCAGCAAAGACUGCCACCAAAGGAACACCUGGUCGCGGCUCACAGCACGACCUGAAUAGGGAGAGAUCUGUUUCACCCGAUUAUUAUGGAUCCAGACGCUACAGUCGCGUGAGUCCUGGUCGUGAGACACCUGAUCGCGCCCUGCCACACUACGGACCGAGGUUCCCGCCGAAGGGAAGCAAAGGCGCCGAGCCCGAAUUCCGUUCGCCACGCGUGAAACAACUCUGGGACAAAUGGAGAACAGUGUGGCUCCUCGCGUGGGAGCGACAGAGACGGCUGCACGAGCGUCUCGCUCACCUGAAGGAGUUGCAACGUGUGUCCAACUUCAGCUGGGACGACUGGAGAAAGAGAUUCCUCAAGUUCAUGAACCACAAGAAGUCAAGGCUGACAGAUUUGUUCAGGAAGAUGGACAAGGACAAUAACGGACUGAUACCGAGGAACGAGUUUAUAGAUGGCAUCAUUAAUACCAAAUUUGAUACUUCCCGUCUGGAAAUGGGCGCCGUGGCUGAUCUGUUCGACAGGAAUGGCAGCGGACUCAUUGAUUGGGAAGAGUUCAUUGCUGCUCUACGACCCGACUGGGUGGAGCGCCGUGGCCCUCCAACUGAUGCUGAUAAGAUCCACGAUGAGGUGAAACGGCUCGUGAUGCUGUGCACUUGCAGACAAAAGUUCAGGGUAUUCCAAGUAGGAGAGGGCAAGUACCGGUUCGGCGACUCGCAGAAGCUCCGCUUGGUCCGUAUAUUGCGUUCUACUGUGAUGGUGCGCGUCGGCGGUGGUUGGGUAGCGCUUGACGAAUUCCUCGUCAAGAACGAUCCAUGCCGCGCCAAAGGACGCACCAACAUCGAACUACGAGAACAAUUCAUACUGGCCGAUGGAGUCUCACAGAGCAUGGCAGCGUUCCGACCGCGUACGCCCCGCUCUAAUACAAAUACACCACCAUCCACUGGACCUAUUACAAAGGUGAGGGAACGCACAGCUAGAUCCGUCCCAAUGUCCGCGGGGGGAGCCGCCGGUCGUGCUUCAAGAUCAUCGCUUAGUGCAGGAACGCCAGACUCACUUAGCGACAAUGAAGCAGCUAGUGGACUAGGAACAAGAUACAGGAAACCAAGUGUGCCAAGAUCAACAUUAACACCUGGAGGAUCACGACCUGGGUCGAGGCCAGGUUCAAGAACCGGAUCGAAACCACCAUCAAGACAUGGGUCAAAUCUUUCUUUAGAUAGCACAGACGAUGUAUCAACACCAUCCCGCAUACCAAUGCGAAAAGUGACAAACACAAGAGCUUCAAUUGCUCGUGCUGCUGCUACUGCAAGCAAACUGGGAGUGACAACACCAAAUGGAGGAUCUCGACCGCGCACACCAACGGGCUUCUUGACACCUGCUAGUGGAAGGUAUCCUAGUGGAGCGAUGUACCGCACGUCCAGUAUACCGACACUGUCUCCGGUGCCGGCGUUAGUGAGGAGCGGGUCGUUUGCCUCGACGGAGGGACAAACUCCCGGCAAGAGUCGCAUUCCUGUACUUAAGGAUCACCAUACUAACUGUAAUCUCAAUAGGCAAAGGACACCUUCAGGCAGUACGACUCCAGUACGCUCGGGCCAGCAGACGGCUGUUUCCCGGCUGCUGCGCAAGCCCUCAGACGCGUCAGACAGCGGUGCGCCAACUACGCCCGCCUCCCGACGCGGCACUCCGUCAUCAUCUCGAACCACGGAGAAACGCGAACCAUUCCGACUAUAAACGAAAUCUCUUUAAGAAUCACAAGUCCCUUUCUAAAUUCUGA